GCUGUUAGUGGCGGGAGCUGUUUUCUUUUUCUCUUCUUUUUGGAUUUUCCUUGGUGUUGCAGCCCUACUCUUUUCACAAUACCUCCGUCGAAGCGGCCCUUUUCGUCAGGAGAGUGACCAUGUGCAUCCUCAGAAAGGAGAAAGGAGAAGAAACGAGACGCGUUGGGGCUUCCUCACGUGGGCGACUACGCAAGACAAGCAGCCCUCCCCCUUUGCGCUUCCGUUUUCCCCAGGCUCAGGAGCUCCUUCGCAACCCCCAGCAGCGUCCUCAUCUCCUCCGCUUCACAACACUCCUUCGCCCAAACACACACAAUCAUGCUCCCCUCACCCACCCCCCUCCUCUCGCGGCACGCCCGUCGUUGCCUCCGCACAUCCCCCACCCUCCGCAAACACCUAUCCACGGCGCACAAUGUAUCCCGCGUAGGCGUCGUCGGCGCCGGGCAAAUGGGCGUUGGGAUCAGUCUUGUGGCGGCGCAUGUGGCGAAAUUGCCGGUGGUGUUGUUGGAUGCGAAUAAGGCGCAGAUUGAGAGGGGGUUGAAGUUUGUUGACGUCCUGCUGCGCAAAGAUGUGUUGAAGGGCAAGAUCACAGAGGAGGAGGCGCAAGAGUCUAAGGCCCGCAUCACGACCACUUCCGACAUUUCUGCGUUCAAGGAUGUGGAUUUUGCUAUUGAGGCCGUGACGGAGAACCCGAUCUUGAAGCGCGACUUGUUUGCCAGCCUGGACAAGGUGACCCCGCCCCACGCCAUCCUAUCCUCCAACACCUCGUCCAUUUCGAUCACAAAGAUCGCCGCGGCAACAAAGCGCCCCGAGCAGGUCAUUGGCAUGCAUUUCAUGAACCCUGUCCCCGUCAUGAAACUCGUCGAAAUCAUCCCCGGCAUCGCCACCUCAGACGCGACGCUCGCGCAAACACUUGCCCUUGCGCACGCAAUGGGAAAGACGACCACCGAGUCGUCCGACAUGCCCGGUUUCAUCGCCAAUCGUGUCCUCAUGCCCUACAUCAACGAGGCUGUCUUUGUUCUGCAGGAUAACAUCGCAACCCGCGAAGACAUCGACACAACCAUGAAGCUCGGCACCAACAACCCCAUGGGUCCCCUCACCCUCGCGGACUUUAUCGGCCUCGACACAUGUCUGGCCAUCAUGCGCGUGCUGCAUACCCAGUUGGGUGAUGAUAAGUACCGCCCGGCGCCGCUGUUGGUGAAGUAUGUCGAUGCUGGGUGGCUUGGCAAGAAAUCGGGCAAGGGAUUCUACACCUACGACAAGUAGGAAAACCGGUCGAGCACCUUCAUACAGUUAGGGUGAUUGAAACGGAAAGACCGCUCUGGACUCGUUAGCCUUCUCAGACACGCAUACACAAAUCCCGACACUGAC